AUGGCUCUAGUUGUGAACAUUAAUUUUCCCAAAGUCAAAAGCAGCUCGAAUGAAGGUUUCUCUUCAGACCAGCAAAGUUCUACGUUUCAAAGCUCCCAGCCAAGUUUGUCCAUCUCCGAGGUGAUUGUAGAGAUCAAACUGCUGUACGCCAUAGCUUUUCCCAUGAUCAUCACUGGCCUACUGGUCUAUGGCAAAUCUUUGAUAUCAAUGCUUUUCAUGGGGAGAUUGGGGAAGGAGGCAUUGGCCGGCGGGUCAUUGGCCAUCGGCAUAGCAAACAUCACUUCCUACUCAGUCAUCUCCGGCCUCUCCAUGGGAAUGGAACCCAUUUCUUCUCAAGCAUUUGGAGCUAAACAAUUGCCUUUAAUGGUGCAAACCCUACAAAGAACCAUUAUGAUUCUUUUAUUUUCUUGCAUUCCCAUUUCUUUUCUGUGGCUAAAUAUUCAACCAAUUCUUCUUUUUUGCGGCCAAGAUCCCACAAUUUCAUCCAUUGCUUCUACUUACCUCUGUUAUUGCCUUCCAGAUCUUCUAUUUCAAUCCCUCAUCAAUCCUCUUAGGAUUCAUUUGAGGUCACAAAACAUUACUUUUCCUCUCAUGUUUAGCGCCGCCGUUGCACUUAUUCUGCAUGCACCGAUAAACUAUUUUCUUAUUUACUAUCUUAGUCUUGGUAUUAAAGGCACUGCAUUGGCAGUAGCAAUAACAGACUUCAAUUUACUUGCAACUCUCAUGCUUUAUAUUUUCUUAUCGGGCAUUUACAGAAAAUCAUGGCUAGUUUUGUCUGCGGGAUGCUUUAAUGAAUGGAAACCAAUUCUCAGCCUUGCAUUGCCUAGUUGUGUUUAUGUUUGCUUGGAGUGGUGGUGGUAUGAGUUGAUGAUACUCUUAUCAGGGGUCCUUACGACUGCGCCCGAGGCGGUGGCUGCCAUGGGAAUUCUCUUGCAGGCAACUUCUUUAGUGUACAUUUUUCCUUCGGCGCUGAGCUUAGCAGUGUCUACACGUGUAGGGAAUGAGUUAGGUGCAAAUCAACCGAGCAAGGCAAGAACAUCAUCUCUUGUAGCAAUGUUUUGUGCCAUUCUCACAAGUGUCAUUGCAAUAUCAUUCCUAGCAAUGGUGACGAACACGUGGGCUCGGGCUUUUACAGUGGACCGGGCUAUUAUGUCGUUAACGGCGUCGGUGAUGCCAGUGGUUGGACUUUGUGAACUGGGAAACUUCCCACAAACAACCGGUUGUGGGGUGUUGAGGGGCAAUGCAAGGCCAACUCUGGCGGCUAAUAUAUAUUUAGGCUCGUUUUAUGGCCUGGGUUUGCCUAUUGCAAUAUUUAUGGGCUUUGGAAUGAAAAUGGGAUUAUUAGGCCUAUGGUUGGGCCUACUAUCGGCCCAGACUCUUUGUGCAUUUCUAGUUAUUUCAGUCCUGAGGAGAACAAAUUGGGCAGUUCAAUCAAAUAGGGCCAGGAAGCUUACUGGAGUCGAAGUUAAUCAAGAAAUCAGGGUUGGUGAACAAAAGUGGAAGAUUAAUGCCAAUUAA